AUGCACGUCUUGCUGGUGCUGCUGUGGGCGCUGCGGACGAGGUUAGACGAGGUGCUGUGUCCGGGACUUGCAGCUCGCCGCUUAACUAACUUGAACAACCUCUUGCUCGUCGUCAUCCAAUGGCGCGAAGGCGCAGUCGCGACCGGCGCUGGGGCACUGCAUCAGGUCUUACAGUCAUCGCUGUAUACACCUCACCAUCAUCGAUGUCCCCCAUGUCAUCAUCAUCGGCGGGGCUUGGGGAAUCACCAGUGCCCACCGCGACAUGCGGUGUGGCAGGCGGAGAUGCAGCUGCGGAUACAGGGGCCGUUGUGGAGGUGGAUGUGCAUCCAUGUCCAUCGGUAUGCACCCACACUCCAACUCGGUCGCGAGGCGGUCAAGAGCGGCGUUGGCAAGGCGGUCGGCAUGACCAUUCGCCUGCCUGUCGAUGGGAUGAAGCGUUGCCCGCUCCAUCCGCUCCAGCUCUGCCUUGACUGCGAGUCGCAGGUGACUCAGCUGCUUGCUGCGUGUGGCGAAGAUACCACGCACCUGCUGGAUGACCAGGGUGAUGUCACCCUCGAUCCGCAGGCGCGUGACACCUUGUGGGAGCAUGUCCACACUACAGGGCCGCUGGGUUUGAACAACGCAGCGCCGGCUCCGCCUGGGCCAGGGUUCUUGCGGCAGGCACCCUCAAAGCGCAGCAGCCACGCGCCGUCCAUGUCGGGGUCUUCGGUGACGUUCUCGUCGUCGCCGUCACCAGCCUUGGUCUCCUCCUCCUCCGUUAGCUCUGGCAGGAGGAGACGGUCAGCAAUCCUUGACACCACCACGCUGCGAGGCAGUGGUGGUCCCCAGCGAGGAGCGGUGUGUCACCGAGGCGAGACGCAACGCGAGAAGCGACCAGCUGCCGUGGGAGAGGUGGGCUCCAUCUUGACCUGUCAGGCGUGGUGCUCGACUGCGGAGGGGACACAGCGAGCACCGGAGGGUCUUGGCGGGGCAGCACGGGUUCGUCGCGGCCGAAGUGUCGCGGAGGCUGGCACAUGCGCGAGCGUAUUAGCUGCAGACAGCCUCGACACGAAAGGAGUGCCGCAUGCACAACCUGCCGAGAAGCGGUCAAGGAAGGUGAUGCGUCAGUGCUGUGAAUCAUGGUGUCGUUUGAGCGAGGCAAAUCUUGAGGCCGUGUAUUCACAAAGCGUGCACGUGAAGCGCUGCGCGUUGUGUGCAUACACGGCCAGGGCUGAAGCCGGAAGUGCGCUGGCCGUGGAUGGCCAAAGCGCUUAG